GCCAAACACCCCUUUCCAAGUUCAUCAGUAUUAGUUAAAUUUAUCGAUCAAUAAUGUUAUUAGUAUUUUCUUGUAGACGCUAAUCCGCUUUCAAGCCGAUAUCAAUGCAUUGCCGGCUUGUCUUGUACUGGUCCUUCAACUUGGAUAGUUCCUCUUCUUUCAGGCUGAAUGAACUCUGACCAAUCUUGUCCUCACGGCAGCUCUUCUAUAAACCGUCAACCUGGAGGCAAGGGGGCUUACAAUAUGCGCUUAGUCGCCUCAGCCUCGUCGCCAGGUCCCAAAAACCCACGGUCGCCUCAGUUUUCUAUUUUCUACUCCUGUUUUCUACAAUGUCUUUCUCGAUCAUGGAGCCUGUCGCGCCUGAGCAACCAAACAAGGCAGAGUCUCAAACCCGUGCCACGCCCCAAGCGUCGACAUGGAAGAAGGCGAGAAGUUGGGCGGCUUCAGUACAGGACACCUGGGUUCCUGAGGGUGUUGCGAUUGGCUUCAGCGUCUGCUGCUUCUUUGCAAUAUUUGGCAUUCUUCAAGCAUACAACCAGCAACCUUCCCCGACAUUCCCGCAUGGAUUAACCCUCAACGCCAUUGUUUCGGUCCUCGCAACUGCGUCCAAGGCGUCCUUGGUUUUGACCGUCGCCGAAUCGCUCGGCCAGUUAAAGUGGAUCCGAUUCUAUAAGAGCAAACGAGAACUGUGCGACAUGCAAUCAAUGGAUAAUGCUAGUCGAGGGCCUCUUGGUUCCCUCAAGGUCAUGUUCGUGGACCGAGGUUGCUCCCUUGCGUCUCUGGGCACUUUGAUUAUCAUUCUGUGUCUAGCUUUUGAUCCCUUCAUGCAACAGAUUUUGAGCUACCCCGUUCGUGUGCGACCAAGUCCGAAUGAGAUGGCGGGCGUCCAGAAGGCAAACAUCUUUUACCCCAGUGAGAUCCUGAAUACUCUGUUCGUGUCCAUUUGGUCAAACGCGGAUAGCUUCACCCUAAUGGACCCAACGUGUCCCUCGGGGAAUUGCACCUGGCCGCUUUUCGAUUCCGUUGGGUUAUGUUCCAAAUGUGGCGACGUCACUUCCCAGGCCAUGCUGACCGGUUGCAACAUGAUGCCUAUUACCUCCAAUAAAACCGAGUCCAUGGCGAUGCCGUGUAAUGUCAGCCUGCCUCAAGGAAAAGCCUGGUCUUCUCUAAUUCAAAUAAAUCGCCUUCCUCCGAACACAUUCUCCAAUGGGGGUGCGGGUGGGAGCAUGAGCAGACCCGAAGACGCAGUUGAGAUUUUGCACCCCAAAAACAGUCUCUGGCUUCUGACAGACAGAGACUUCCCAAUCAGUAAUGAGACCUUCCAAGGGGUGAUGAAUCCACUUAUGGCGUGGGCACUCGCGGAGAUGGAACCGAGUGCAAAAGCAUCAAGCUACUCUGCUAUUCUCGACCCUUCCAAUCCCCAGAAGUUACUAGAUAUCCAUCGAGUAACCGAGUGUAUCCUUACACCUUGUUCGCGAAAGUACAAUGUGACAGUGACAGGUGGUAUGCAGUCGAUCGAUGUCCAAUCUAUGAACCUUGGAGAGCUCUUUGUGUUCAAGUCACAGAACUCAAUAGCCUGGAGGGCGAAGGUGGGCGAGCCUGUUCAUAUGAAAAUGGUGGAUCCAGCGCAUGGUCUUUGGGUCGAUCAAUCAGUUCCUGCAUUCAACGACGUAGUGGGACUCAGCGCAUAUCUGCAUGAUUACUUGCAAAGUAAUGAUAGUGACUGGAGGCUGCUUUAUGCAGACGGAGAAGCCGGCGUUACAAUGGAUCAAAGGAACCUGAUGACCGAAAAUAUCGACCGAAUUGUCAAGAUUGGACUGGAGAGGGUCAUCAACAAUCUUGCCACCCUGCUAACCAAGUCUAAUACUAAUGAAUGGGGUAAACAGGUCAAUGGCACAGUGGGCAUCUCCGAGGUUUACGUCUCCGUGGACUGGCUCUGGUUCAUCCUACCUGCCAUUAUUCUCGUACUGGGAAUUAUAUUCUUUGUCUUGACAAUCCUGGCAACCAGGGCGCAGAAUCUCAGCCCCUGGAAGACCUCUAUUCUCGCUGUUCUAUAUCACGGCCUUGAUCAUGAUAGCCUUCACAGUGGAGAUCACUCGUGCUUGAGUGAGAUGGAGCGAACUGCCGAGUCUGUUCAUGUUAGUCUCGGGCUCUCUCAUCGAAACAACCGGCUUAUACUACGAGCUCAUUCUACAUCCACCAUUUCGCCUUCGGAUGCCCAGGAUGACACGGCGUUUUCGCCCAAUUCCCCGCAGUCUUUCCGGAGCCGUGCGUCCUCUACGAACCAUGGAGUGGAGUAAUCGGAAACUCCCCGUGGUAGUGCAUCUUCGUUGAAUAGCACAGGACGUGAACCUGAAGUACAGGAAAUUACUGGAUGAUCAUUUAAGUCGUCUAGAUUAUUGAUUCUUGAAUAUUUAUGGGCUGUUACUCAGAGACUAUUCCACUGACUGGCGUCAAUGAAAUUAUAUAUGUCCCAGAACACUAGAUACAUCUACAUGGGUCUUUUCGCGUAAAGCUAAAGCAGUGAUAACAGUUCAAUCCUACCACAGACAAGCAUCAAAGGUUUCGAUAUUCCACUUGCCUUUAUCUUUAUCCGAGACGCUUGUUAAUAGGAAUCAAUUAUUGUUUCUUGGGGAG